AUGGCUUCCUCGGGUUCGGACGGUCGUCCACUGCAUCCUGGAAUGCACGUCUCACACCUACAAAUGCAGCAACCGCCGCAACAGCACCAUGGGCAGAUACAGAUGCAACAUCAUGGUGGUGUUCCAAUGCAGCUACCUGGUGGGCCAAUGCCCGGCCCCAAUGGACAGGGUGUGAUGCACGUGAACUCCGGCCCUAGAUUCCAGAUGACCAAGGCUGCUUCAAUGACGCAUGCGCAGCCCGUGUCAACUUUUGCCAAUCUUCCAGGAGGCACCAGUCGUGUAAGUGUCCUCCCUUUUACUACCAAAAAGGCCUUAUAG